AGGGGUCGUAGUUUCCCGGAGGCGGAGGAGGGAGGAGGAGGGUGCGUUCCCGCAGCAACAGGGAAGAUGGCAGCGCUCACAUCUCUCAGCCAGAUGUCAAGUGGGAGUCCUGUCUUUGAGAACCUUUACAGACAGGUGGAUCCAGGGAACACAGGCAGGGUAGGACCAACAGAAGCUGCCCUCUUCUUGAAAAAGUCUGGACUUCCAGACGUCACGUUGGGAAAGAUUUGGGAUUUGGCCGACCCAGAUGGAAAAGGCUACCUGGACAAGCAGGGCUUCUACGUGGCUCUGAGGCUUGUGGCGUGCGCGCAGAGCGGCCACGACAUCAGCCUGUCCAGCCUCAACGCCACCGUGCCGCCCCCCAAGUUUAAGGACACCGGCAGCCCUUCCCUCUGCGGCUCCACAGAACCUCACUGGGCCGUCAGGCCGGAGGAGAAAAGCAAAUUCGAUGGGAUCUUUGAAAGUCUGUCGCCGAUCAACGGCCUGCUGUCGGGAGAGAAGGUGCGACCCGUCCUGAUCAACUCCAAGCUGUCUCUGGACAUCCUCGGGAAGGUUUGGGACCUGAGCGACAUCGACAAAGACGGACACCUGGACAAGGACGAGUUUGCCGUGGCCAUGCACCUGGUGUACCGGGCCCUGGAGAAGGAGCCAGUCCCGGUCCACCUGCCCUCCACCCUCAUCCCUUUGUCCAAGAGGAAAAGGAGCCUGGGCUCGGUGGGCGGCGGCGCACCCUCUCUACCCGCCAGCCCCCCGCCACCCAAAGACUCCCUGCGCUCCACGCCGUCACACGGGAGCAUGAACUCCCUGAACAGCACGGGCAGCCUGUCCCCCAAACACUCCCUCAAGUCUGGACAGCACUCCCUCAACUGGGUGGUCCCGGUGCCAGACCGCGGUCGCUAUGACGACAUCUUCCUGAAAACGGACGCCGACCUGGAUGGUUUUGUGAGCGGACUGGAGGUGAAGGAGAUCUUCAUGCAGUCUGGACUCUCCCAGGGCGUCCUCGCACACAUUUGGGCUCUGGCCGACACCAGACAGAUGGGCAAGUUGACCAGGGAGCAGUUCUCCCUCGCCAUGCAUCUCAUCCAGCUGAAGGUCAGCAAGGGUUUGGACCCCCCUCAGACUCUGACGGCCGACAUGAUCCCACCUUCUGAGAGAGGAACUCCAGUCCCAAGCAUGUCGGGGUACUUGACGCCAGUGGGGUCCGAAAUAGCGGCGCUGUCGGAGAUGAGGAGGGACAGUUCCAGCUCGGUGGGUUCAGGCGACUUCACGGGCAUCAAGGAGCUGGACGACAUCAGCCAGGAGAUCGCCCAGCUGCAGAGCACUCUUGCCUUUACCCAGUGGAAUACUAUCAGGGAGAAGUACACUCUGGAGCAGGACAUCAGGGAGGCAGAAGAGUCCAUCAGGCAUAAGAGUGCUGAGGUGCAGGACAUGCAGAACGAGCUGGACCGAGAGACGGCCUGCCUGCAGGAGCUGGAGGCGCAGAAACAGGACGCCCAGGACCGCCUGGAGGAGAUGGACCAGCAGAAACACAAACUGGAGGACAUGCUGAAUGAAGUCCGGAUGAAAUGUCAGGAGGAGUCUCAGAUGAUCUCAACACUCCAGAGUCAGAUCCACUCUCAGGAGUCGGACCUGCAGAACCAGGAGGAGGAGCUGAGCCGGGCCAAGGCCGACCUGGGCCGGCUGCAACAGGAGGAGGACCAGCUGGAGCAGAGUCUGGCGGCGGGCAAGAUCCAACUGGAGACCAUCAUCAAGUCCCUGAAGGCCACGCAGGACGAGAUCAACCAGGCCCGCAGUAAGUUGUCCCAAAUCCAGGACAGCCAACAGGAAGUCUCCAAAAGCAUCGAACAAUACAACAGCACCCUGAACGGAACCCACGGCGGCAGCAUGACCAACCUGGCCGACAUGAGCGAAGGGUUCAGCGAUAGAGAGAACGGAGCCUUCAGCACAUCUUCCCAGGAGGAUCCGUUCAAAGUGAAGCCCUCAGUGUUCAACAAUCAGCCUCAAGAACUUCACACCGACCCCUUCCACUCCGAGGACCCUUUCAGGGCCGACCCCUUCAAAGGUGACCCUUUCCAAAAUGACCCCUUUGCAAAGCCGCCAGCAGCGCCUGCAGAUCCGUUUGGAGGCGACCCGUUCAAAGAGACAGACCCCUUCAAAGCAUCCUCUGAAGAUUUCUUCAAGAAGACCACAAAGUUGGAUCCUUUCGGCGCGUCGGACCCCUUCAGCAAGAGUGCCACCUUACCUUCCAAGCAGCAAAUCAGUCACUUCACAAGCAGCGACCCGUUCUCCUCCGGCAAUCCCAAAUCCAAAGGAGCAGACCUGUUUGGCGCUUUGGAUCCGUUCGGCAGCAGCUCGUUCAGCAGCAGUAACAGCUCGGCCGGCUUUGCGGACUUCAGCCACAUGGCCAAGCCCAGGGACCCGUUUGAAGGCCGCGCCGGGUGGCUGCCGGACUACCAGAAGGGGGCCUUCGUGGACGACCCGUUCGGGAGAAAGAACGACACGCCCGCGCUGCCGCCCAAGAAAGGGGUUCCUCCGAGGCCAAAACCCCCGAGUGGUAAUACGACCCCAGUGAGCAUGUCAGGGGAACCCUCCAAACCAUGUGACCCCUUCCAGCCGUUCGGCAGGGACGCCGUGGACCCCUUCCAGAGUAAAAAAGUCUCGGGAGACCCUUUCAGCGGCAAAGACCCUUUCGCUCCAUCCCUAGCAUCAAGGCCCGACAAAGCAAAGUUUGGCAACGAGGCGCAGCAGCUGGAGUGGGCCAAGCGAGAGAGCGAGCGGGCGGAGCGCGAGCGUCUGAAGCGUCUGAGGCAGCAGGAGCAGGAGGACCUGGAGCUCGCCAUCGCCCUCAGCAAGGCCGAGAUGUCCAACGCGUGACCGGUACCUCGUCCCCCGCCCCCGCUGGGGGGUCUCACACCAGAACACAGACUUUGAGUUCAUGGGCACUCACACACACACACACACACCUACACACACACACAUAAUGAAUGGAGAAGAAAUAAGCACACCAGGAUCAGGACAGGUCAUCAGUAGGAACUCUGUGGGACGAUGCGUUCACUGGACCAAGUGUUGUUAGUGAACUCUGGACCGUGUGGUUCUGGUGCUACUAAACGCUCCAGACUGACUUUGAUAUAGUUCAGACUUAGGCGCUCCUCAUCUUCUAGAACCUCAAGUACACCACCACGUGUGGGUUUGUUUUUUGUUUUUUGCUGGAGAACUCAUCAUUAACAAUUCACUGUGACCAGAAGUCCACCCUAACGUUCACAAGGCUGUGGUUCUUCUUCAUGGGACUGCGUCUUAGCGAAGUCCUUCAGAUGGCUCCAAAGGCUUUUUUUUUAGCUUUUUAUUUCCAAGCAAGGACGGAAGAAAAGUUCAAGUUAAAAGUUCAAGUAGCAAUGAUAGUCACACACACACACACACACACACUAGGUGUGGCGAGAUUAUUCUCUGCAUUUGACCCAUCACCCUUGAUCACCCCCCUGGGAGGUGAGGGGAGCAGUGAGCAGCAGCGGUGGCCGCGCCCGGGUAUCAUUUUUUGGGUGAUUUAACCCAAAAAUCCU